AUGUCUGCCCCAGAAAAGGACCCUUUCUAUCUGAGAUACUACACUGGCCAUUCAGGCAAGCAUGGCCACGAAUUCCUCGAGUUCGAGUAUUCGCAUGGUCGCCUUCGCUAUGCUAAUAACUCGAACUACCGGAAUGACAGUCUGAUUCGCAAAGAAAUGUGGGUUGGACCGUUGGUGGUGAAGGAGCUGAAACGCAUCGUCGAAUCCAGCGAGAUCACCAAGGAAGACGAUACAAACUGGCCAAAAAAGAACAUCGUUGGAAAACAAGAGCUGGAGAUUCGAGUCGGAAACGACCACAUCGCUUUCGAGACGGCUAAAAUCGGUUCGUUGGUUGAUAUCCAGGACAGCGAAGAUCCUGAGGGCCUAAGGGUGUUCUACUACCUUGUUCAAGACCUCAAAUGUCUCAUAUUUUCUCUGAUCUCUCUGCACUUCAAAAUCAAGCCUAUCUAG